UGAUAUCUCAGCGCGCAAAUUAAAAGUCUUGCAAAACCAGGUCAGACAACAAAGCUGUUACAGCUAAAUAUUUUUGUUAUGCUUUAUUUGAAAUGUUGUUCAGUCGAACUGAAAAACAAAAAAGCAGAAGAGGAAAUAACGGUUGGACAACAACGAAUGAACUAAAUAGCGAAAUAUAGCUCGCUAGAUAUCUGAGAAGCAACCAGUUCGUUUUAAUAUUUUCUGAAGCGGGGUAUUUGCUUGUUAGUCGCGAAGUAGCUCUUUGACAUAAUAUAGCCUACGCGCAUUUCAGAUGCAGUGUAGCUACUGGAAGCAACCUGUCUAUUUAACCGAAUGGACUCUGUGACCUGCGAACUGUGGACGUACAUACCUAAAUAACAGCCAUGGUUCUGAGCGAGAACGAUGCCGGAAAGAAUUUAAGCGCAGCAGCGGCGAGAGGAAACGUGAAAGAACUGCGGAGGAUGCUGGAGGAACAACGCGUACAUCCUGACACAGUAAAUGAAUUUGGAAGGACAGCUCUUCAGGUGAUGAUGAUGGGCAGCACCAGUGUCGCGUGUCUCCUGCUGGAGCACGGCGCGAAUGCCAACGUGCAGGAUCGCCUGGGAGUUACGCCAGCACACGACGCCGCACGUGCCGGGUUCGUUGACACGCUCCGCGUUCUGGUGCAGUUCGGAGCGUCUGUCAACACACCGGAAAACACCGGCGCACUCCCCAUUCACAUCGCCAUCCGAGAAGGCCACAGCGACGUAGUCGAGUUCCUGGCGCCUCGUUCCAACCUAAACCACCAAGACACCAGCGGGGACACGGCUCUGGACGUCGCCCGCGCCAUGCGCUGCCCCGGCGUAGUAGAACUUCUUGAACGUCAGUCUGAAUCAAGCUUGAAGUGCCAGUCAUAGUUGACAGUGGCACGCUCAGGCUUUUGUAUCGAACCGACUGGAAAUCAAACUAACUUCCUGUGACGUAAUGUUUCGUGCAACGUCGAUGUUUUUAUAUAUUUAUUAGAAGAAAAAAACAAACCCAUCUUUAGUUCUGUGAUUUACAUUUGUGUAAUUGGUGUCUAGGAGAAACACGCUGAAUCCUUGUACCUGACGUUUUGUUUGCACAUACGUUAACACAUUUAUUAGCCUAGCUCGCGCAAUCUGACCUCAUAUUAAUGAUGUAAACUAGGAAUUAAUUUCUUGUUUUUUUUUUAUUAAUGAGUUUUUAAGCCGUGCUUAUAAAGUAGGACAACGUGUUUCGUCAUUUUUCAAACUUGACACACAUGCAAAGACAUUCGUGCAAGGCAUUGACAUCUUUUUAUCAUAUUAUGAAAGCAACCUUGCAUUUUAAAACUUGAUGAAAUUUAUAUUUACUCUCUUUGAAAGCUUUAAAGAAAAACGUACUUGCACUCAUUGUGCUCUAAGCUGAUUUGUUAAAAAUUGUUUUUAAAAAAGGUUCGUCAGUUGUAAGAUUUUGAUCCUACCGUUGCUAGGCCUUCAUUAGAACACUGAUUAAAACAUUCGGACUGGUUUUAAUGGUAGUCAUUGAUAUUGUUGGAAGGGCAAGACAGAUAAUGUCCAAUGAACACUCUGAAGUCACAGCUGAAUGGACAGACAUUCAUUGUUAUUAGGCCAAUUGUAUGGUCUUAACUGCUAAACAUGAUCAAAUAUCAGUUAGUGUGAAAAUAUCUCUUUGGACCAGUCUUGAAAUUAUUUUUGAACUAGCACCAUAUGUUAAGAAGCUUUGGAAAUAAUAUGUUUGCCUAUCGUCUAUCAAAGGCUUUGAGCUGGAAUUAUUUAAUUAGUGUGACUAAUUACAUUCAUAAUGUAAUUAUUUCAAGUAACCCAUGCCCUUGUUGUGAAUUGUAUUGUUUAUUAUUUGUACAUAAUGCUUUAAAGAAUUUAUUAGAAUUAUUUAUUAAGAUAUUGUCAUGAAUUGUACACAUGUUUAAGUACAUUAUAUUUAAAAAGUUAUCACAUUAAAACGCCUUAUAGGUAUCAACUUUUAAAGAUUGUCUACUUUCACUUGAAUAUUUAUUGUUUA